UGAGGAGGGGAGCGAGCUGGCGCAGGAAAACAAUAGUCCUGAAGAUCCGUGUGAAGUCAAGGCUAUUUUUGGUGGGGCCCGCCUUGCCUGCUAUUUCUGUCAGCAGGAGAGCAGAGGGGAGGGAGCAGCACAGGAGGGGCCGGACUUUCUUUUCUGCAACUUGCCUCCGUUAAGUCACUUUUCAGUUCCUCCUCUGCUGAACUGACUUUGCUGACAACACCAGCGGAUCUCUCCAUCACCCCCCGUUAGGUUUCCGCUCUCUUGGAUGCAAACGGACUUUUUUUCCUCCUCACAUUGCUGGUUAAAGUCGAGUCGGCAUCAGCUGGAUUAUCUCCGAGUGUUUCUGCUUCUGUGAUACUUUACAAGAUGGAAUCGGCCCCUCAGUUGGCACCUUAGAAUCAAACAGGACACCAAACUCCACACACUGACAGAUACAAAAGGAAGAUUGCUUCUCCAGAGUCAUCGGUUAUAUUGGCAUCGGUCAUUAAACCAGAUUCUUUAUUGGCAGUGUCCUACUCAGCGUUGUUUCCCAUGGACCUCAGGGUGGGAGAGCGGGGGAUGCGCCCUGGUUCUGACACAGCGCUCCUCACCCCGCUGCACCCACCUUUACUCCUCACACCCUUCUCGCCACAACCCCGCUCCUCCUUCUCCCAGCAGCAGCUGCAUCAGCAAAUCCGGCAGAGGAGGAGAGAGCAGGAGCAUGAAAAACAACAGGAGUUACAGCAAUUGAAGCACAAAGACAAAAGUCAACAGAGUGCCGUGGCAAGCUCUGUGGUGAAACAGAAACUCCAGGAGGUGAUUCUUAAGAAGCAGAAACAAGCCGCGCUGGAAAGAACAAAUUCUGGCACUCUGACUUUACAUCCUGUACCAUACAGAAAGCUGGGUCCAGACCCCAAUGUAUCCUCCCAACCUCUGGUCCCAUCUCUAUCACAGCCUCCAUCUGAGGGCUCAGAGGGGACACCGCUGCGCAGAGCAGCAUCUGAGCCCAACCUGAAGGUGAAACACAAGCUGAAAAAACACCUGAACACUCGCAAGAGUCCACUUACACGCAAAGAGAGUGCCCCGCCCACCAUCAAGCACCGAGUACCAGACACACUGGACUCUUCCCCCAGCAGCAGUAGCACUCCGGUCUCUGGAUGCAGUUCUCCCAAUGAUAGCCUGCCCAAUGAAAAUGGACUACUGCCAUCUGCAGGCAGCCUUUCACAUGAGGCCCAGAAGCUGCUGCUCAGAGAUGGCACUCUGACUAACUUCACCAUCCAGAGUCCGUCCACGCUGCCCACCAUCACACUGGGACUGCCGGCCAACUCAAGGGCUGAAGGAGAGCUGUCUUCUCUGAAAGUUGGACGAAUUCCCAUGGUUACUGCCGGGGGCUCACCGGUCUUCCUUCCCCUCAGCAGAGAAGAUCAAGCUGGGCAGAUGAAUCCUCACAUGCCUGUUAUCAUCCUGGAGCCAUCUAGACUGGUACACACUCCACUUCUCACCGCAGUUCCUGGCCUGGACUCUGUUCCAUUACAGUUUGCGCCACAGUUAGACCGUCUGUCUCCCAGAGGCGUUCAGCACCACAAACCUCUGAGCAGAACACGCUCGGAGCCCCUUCCCCAAAGCCCUCGUGCCCUCCAUGCACAUCUCCUACAACAACAGCACAACACACAACUACUGGAGAGACUCAAACAGCAGACUCACCUGGGCAAGCUGAUGUCCAAGUCCAGCGAAAAGCCCAGACUACACCAGAUUCCUUCUGAGGAAAUGGACUCCGAGGAUGGUGGUGGAACAUCACCCACUGAGCCAACCUAUCACAACAGAGUGAGGGCGGAGUCACAGAGGGAGGUGGAACCUACAGCAUCCAAGACCCAUGAAGAGCAAAUAAACCUGCAGCAUGCGCUCAUACUCAACCAGGUUUGGAAAAAAUCAUUGCUAUGGGAACAACAGAAGCAGCUGCAGCAGCUGCAUCGACAGAUGGAGACCCUGGCAGUACCUGUGUUGCGUGGCAACGGCGUUGGUGGGGUUGCUUCUGGUUUGGGUGUGCAUCGCCCCCUCUCGCGCACACAGUCUUCCCCAGCCUCCACCUCUCUCACUCUUCCCGAGAAGCCCUUGAGCCUGACUGCACAGGACGUCACCAGCAAACCACGUUUCACCACUGGCCUAGUGUAUGACUCUCAAAUGCUAAAACACCAGUGUACAUGUGGCGAUAACAGCACCCACCCAGAGCAUGCUGGGAGGAUACAGAGCAUCUGGUCACGACUACAGGAGAGAGGCCUAAGAGGACAGUGUGAGAGUAUUCGUGGUCGUAAAGCCACUCUGGAGGAGCUACAGUCGGUCCAUACAGAGCGCCACGUGUUGCUAUAUGGCACCAACCCACUCAAUAGACUCAAACUGGACAACCGCAAGCUGGCUGGAAUCCUCUCUCAAAGGAUGUUUGUGAUGUUACCAUGUGGGGGUGUAGGGGUUGAUAACGACACCAUCUGGAAUGAGUCACACACCUCCACGGCGUCACGCAUGGCGGCAGGCAGCGUUGUUGAGCUGUCGUUCAGAGUGGCCAAAGGAGAGCUGAAGAAUGGUUUUGCUGUGGUCAGACCGCCAGGACAUCAUGCAGACCCCUCCAAUCCAAUGGGUUUCUGUUACUUCAAUUCUGUGGCGAUAGCUGCCAAGCAGCUCCAGCACAAGCUCAGCAUCAGCAAGAUUCUCAUUGUUGACUGGGAUGUUCACCAUGGUAAUGGCACCCAGGAGGUGUUUUACAGUGACCCCAGUGUCCUUUACAUCUCCCUUCAUCGCUAUGACGGUGGAAACUUCUUCCCUGGCAGUGGGUCACCAGCUGAGGUUGGUUCUGGAGUCGGUGAGGGCUUCAACGUGAAUGUGGCAUUUACAGGAGGACUGGACCCACCCAUGGGAGAUGCUGAGUACCUCGCUGCAUUCAGGUCUGUGGUGAUACCUAUCGCCCAGGAGUUCUCUCCGGAUAUGGUUCUGGUGUCGGCCGGGUUUGAUGCUGCGGAGGGACACCCAGCUCCUCUGGGAGGGUACAAGGUCUCUGCCAAAUGUUUUGGUUUCCUGACCCGCCAGCUGAUGCCUCUUGCUGGAGGGCGUCUGGUUUUGGCCCUUGAGGGGGGUCACGACCUCACGGCAAUCUGUGAUGCAUCGGAGUCCUGUGUCAGUGCGCUCCUGGGAAUACAGGAUCCAAUGCCAGAAGAUGUCUUGCUUCAAAAGCCCAACGCCAAUGCAGUCCGCUCCCUUCAGACUGUCAUACAGAUACAAAGUCAGUACUGGCAGAAUGUGAAGGACCACAGUUCAACGGUGGGACUGUCAUUCCUGGCUGCUCAGAGUAGAGACUGUGAGGAAACAGAUGCUGUCAAUGCUUUGGCCUCGCUCUCUGUGGGGGUCAUGUCCAACAAGAGCCUCACUGAUGAGCCAAUGGAGCAUGACAGCGACUCCAUGUAGGAGAAUCCAACCAAUCCUUCGUAGAACUCACUUUCAGGGAGCGUGUCCCUCCUGCAGCCUCAGAUAGCCCAUGCCAUUUCAUGGACAUGGUGUUUUUCUUGCAAUACCGCUGAGCCCCACCUGGUAGCCUUCCACACAUUUACACCAGCCAACAACACAAUGCUGGACCUGCCGUUUGGAGCACCUCCAUGCUGGUAACCACUCGGCUGAAGCCAACGGCACUAUCUGCAGCUGAAAAACCUUCAGAAACCUCACCAAAGAGCAAUACAAGUUCACUUUUAUAGACUUUUCAUCUCUCACGACUGACGUUAGACUGCGUGCGUGUGUUAAGGAGUCUGGUGCGACACCACUGUGAGCACAAAUCUUCAGAACAGUCAGAGAGAAUUCAGAUGUGGAGUUCAGCUCCGAUUCUCCUUGAAGCACUGUGUACCAGCAGCUGAUUUGUUGCCUUAACUUUGCCUUAUCUUAAAACCAACAUCAGGAGAAGACUGGAAUACAAAUUUGUUUCUACCCACAUCGCUUCACAUGUCAGAGUUGAAGCAAAUGCUGACCAAACAGGAUGCAAAACGACGCAGAUUACUGUGUGACACCAGGGAAAAAGUAUGUACACAUAUGCCUGAUGGAUAAGAUGCAAUAAUAUCAGAGAAAACGUGACAAUGUCAUCAUAUUAUGUGUUUUUAUGAUGUUAUUACAUACAGCUUAACCACUAGAAGACAACAAAGAAAGACAAAAAAGAAAAUGAAGUCACAAAAUGGACAACUUUGGUUUUGUAGAAACAAAAGACAAUUAGCCUUUGUUGUUUUAUUGCACUGUUCAUUCCAUAAUGUGAACCAUAAGAAAUUCCAAAGCUCUGGGAUAAAACAAUUCCUCUUUGUAGAUUAUUUAAUAGUUUUUUUUUGGAGAUUUGGAUUAAAUGAUGUUUGCUAUAUUUCUCCCGGUUUUUCUCUAAGAUGUCUUACAAAGCCUCUUACUCUUUACAUAUGGGCCGUAGUUGUAAUACUGUAGUUGAAAUUCCUAAUUAAAUCUGAAAAGUAGGCUAUAUUUUUAGAUCAAGAUUAUUUUUCACUGCUGUUCAGUGUCUUAUUUAGUCACCAUACACAUAAAAAACACACAUGUACAAAGCAAUGAUGAACUGUUGAUGUACCACUAGUAUUGAAUACUGUAUAUUAUUGUUUAUAUUUUGAGACUAAAGGAGUGUUCAUUCCACCCGGGCACCACUGAGGACCAUUGUAUUGUUUUACAUUAGCAAUACUGUUAAUGCACUUAAUGGACAUCAUCCAAAGAAAACUGCCUUAAAACAUCCUAAGUUUGGUGAUGGGACUAGGGAAGCAACACAAGAGCAGGUAUGGACUCUCCAUUUAAAAGACAAAGUUUGAACCUGUGGAUUUAGGUGUACGUCACCUAUGCAGUCUUGUAUACCUCUUGCUUACGAGUACAAUGACCUCUUAAGGUCUGAAUGUUUUACCUUAAAGAAAAUGAGUCCCACUCAAGCCAAGGAAGAUGAUGUAUUUAGUUUUACUUGUUGGAAAAAACCUAUUGUAAUGUUUUUCCAUAAGAGACUAUGCUUAGCCUGGAUGACACCAUGCUACAGUUUGUCAAAUGCUUGAUCAUUUUUACUAUGACUCUGCUACAGAGCAUGUAAGGGCUCUGCAUUCCAAAAGUUGAAUAAUUUAGUAGUGUAGAGGUUAUCGUGCAACUGAAUAGAGCUUUGAUUUGUGCAGGAUUUUGGCCAGGUUAGGUUUUUGAUGAGCUGUACUGAUGUUUAAGGAUUAGAACUGCAGGCGGCUGAGUCUAAUUACUGGCCAAAAAAAAAAAAAAACUAAACUAAAAAAAAAAAAAACAAAACAAAAGGACAAACUUCUAAAACAGGAUCUAGACACUAAACCCUCCUAAAACAUAGAUUAAUUAUACUCAGAUGUGACUAACUAUUUGCUCUUUACAUGGCUUUGGUCUGAAAUUCUUGUGUUUAAAGCUGUCUCCUUCUUUAUCUUAUCUGUUUUAAUUGAAAAGCAGGCAUAUUCUAAUUUUCAACUCUUGUCAGAUUUGAACGAGUGAAAGAGAUAUAUAAACUGGCUGAAGGAAAUUAUAGUUUACUAUUCAGAAAUAAAUCUGCAUUCAGUUUUAUCAGACCCUGGGCAUCAUCUGCCCAACAGAAGGCUGAGGAUCUUUUCCUUUCGAUAGGAGUAGAAAAUGGAAGGUCUCGCUAUAGCAUAGGCCCCACUGUUGUUGAAGAACCAGCCAGAAUUUUUGAGACGCAGCAUCUCUUUCUUGUAGUUUAAUAUGUUUCUCAAUAGGAGACCCAUUGAAAUAGUAUGCUGCGUCGGUCUUACCCAGCAUGCCCACCAGGUGCAUAUUGUGUCUACGAAGUAAUCAUUGUCCAGUGUGUGAGAGAGCGAGAAUCAGUGAUUGCAUGUGCAUUAGUGCAUAUGCUAACCUACGUCAUGUGUUUUCUGCAUGAAUUUGUAAGUUUUAAAGUGUGUGUGUUGUCAAAUACUGUAAAUGAUCUUUGUAUUAUAUUCCCACUGACUUUUUGUUUAUCUUAUGUAGAGGUCAGUACUGCCUCAGCUCUUAAUUCCCUUCAUUACUGAUGUAAUAUGUACCUUCUUCUUAAAGAAAGACACUGUAAAUAGAAACUCCAAGACCAAAAUACACGUCACACGUGUGCCUUGAUGCAUUCAGUAGCAGGUGUAUUGGUAAUACUUAAUUAACUGGACUUGUGUUAACUCUGUAUCUCUAAACAUGACAUUGAAAUCUUUGUUUCAUUCUGUUCAUUACUUGUAUUUUCUUUCAUACUUCUCACAAUGUGUAUGUAUAGAAAGAUUGUCUAUUUUUUACCCUUUGCCUUUUUCUCUUGAUUAAAAAGUAUUUCCA